AUGGCGCGCCGGAGAGGCUCUGCACCCUUUCGCCUCGAGGCUUGCGCACCGCCGAUCGAUACCGCCUCGCCCUCUGGCUUCCCUCCCUCCUCGCCCUCGCCGCCCGGCUUUGCCAAGUCGGUUCGCGGCGCGCCGCUGCUCGUCGGGAGCGGCUUUGAGACCGCCCUUCCAGCUGACCAGCAGGGCUGGCGCAAUGCGGCCGAUGAGCCGGCGGCAAAGGUCCAAACAUUUCGGCGAUGGGCGCGCGACAACGCUGGCCGCGUGGAUGUCGAGGACGAAGGCGGCACUGUCUUGGGUGCCGACAUCGUGCUCGGCAUGUGGACGUGCUGCAAGAGCAUCGACCGCGCCGCGCCGGGCUGCGUCUUGGCAGACCACAGCACUGGCAGAGAGUCGUGGGAACUGCUACACUGUGAGCAAUGCGCCGGAUGGAUCCCACGUGGGCGUUGGGACGUCGACAAGUGCAGUCACCACCCAGGGGAGCUACAACGCACGCAAUUCGGCGGGUUGAUCUGGUCGUGCUGUGGCGAGACUGGCGUGGAGGGUAGCCGCUUCCGAAACGUGAGCCCGAGCCUGUGGCGCGAUCAGCGCAGACUCGAGGCGGAGGCGCGGCGGGCGCAAGGGGCCUCGCGGGCGCAAGCUGGGCUGUCUCAGGCCCACGACGCGACGACUGGAUGCACCAGCGGCCGCCACAGCCUCCAGCUGCCUCUCGAUCAAGAGUGUCCAGUGUGCGGUGCGGCCAAGGUGCCGGGGGAUCGAGAGUGUCAGACCUGCGGAGACACGCAGCACAUCCUCUGCACGCAGUGCUUUGACGUGGUAGCCGUGUCAGACUUGCGCCGCUCUGCCGCGCGCGGCGGGUGCCGCUUCCACACGGGCGUCUUUUGCGAUGCCCGAGCUGUGCGCUACGCCGAGAAUCAGCCGCGCGCCAUGCGCUGUCCCAACGCCGGGUGCACGUUCACGAGCACCAGUGCCGCAGACCUGAAGGCGCACGAAGACGCUUGCCCGUACUUCAACUACGAGUGCGAGGACUGCGGCGCCGUGGUGCUUCGGCGGGAGAGCAAGGCCCACAACGCCAACUGCCCGCGUAAGUUGCUCCCGUGCGGCAACUUGGGAUGCGGCAGGUUGAUUGCCCGCGGCGACUUGGAGUUCCACCGCGAUUACAUGUGCCCGGCGGCAACCGCGGUCUGCAGCUUCUGCGACUCUACCUUUCCCAGGGCGGACCUCGCGUCGCACGUCCAGACCUGCCCGCAUGCACCCGCCACCUGCCAGCGCAACUGCGGCAUCUCAGUGACGCGGGGGGAGUGGCCAGGUCAGGCGAUUCAUGACACGGUCUGCGCCGCUCUGCCCAUUGCGUGCCAACGCUGCGGUGGCGUCCAGCCGCGCUUCCUGAUGUCACGGCACGCGGCUGGCGACGGAGACGGCGGCGGCUGCGGCUGGCGCGGGGCGCGAUCGAUGCUGAGCAGGCACUUCGCGGACGUGUGCAUGUUUCAGCCGCUCCCUUGCGAGCACGGCUGCGGAGCUUUGGUUGCGCGCAACGAGCGCCAAAGGCACUGCACGUUUUGCCCCACGUACACGGCUCCACGGUGCACGAGGUGUGGCGCGCUCACCGACGCCGAGGGCAGGGAGGUGGUCGUUCGAGCCGCUUCGUUGAGCGCUGCGACCGUGACGCGGCAGGAGGUGGACCACGACGGCCGGUCCAAGACCUAUGGCGAGGAGAUUCCCGUGCGGCGGCCGCGAGCGGUGCUCGCCCUCGCCGCUCCACAGCGCGAGCUGCACCGGCUCCGCUGCCCCUGCGGCGUGGCGCGCUGCUCGCACUGCCGCGAGGAGGUUCCGCACCACCUGCUUGCAGAGCACGAGUCGUCGUGCCAACAACGGAGGGUGGCGUGUCCCCGGGCGUGUGGAGCCAUCGUGGCGAUGGGGCUGCUGUCGGCGCACGACGCGUCGUGCCCGCUCCGAACCCAGCCAUGCCCGUAUGGGGUCACGGUCAGGGAUUUGCGCUUCCGGCAGCGCGAGGCGGGCGAGGCGGGCGAGGCAGCCGGCCGAGAGGAGACGCCCGCGAGGCCCUCUGCGGUGUGCAAGCCGUGUGGGCAGGCGCCGCCCCGGCCGGUGGCGGCGUUUGACGCGACAGCGGCCCAGCGGCGCGUCGAGCGGCUCCUAGGCUCGCAGGGGCUACUCGCAACGCCCGGCGCCGCUCCUGAGGAGUCUGUGCGCGUCGGAGCGGUGUUGCAGGGCGAGCCGCGCUUGCUCGCGCUCUGCUUUGUGCGAGGAAUACUCGUCCCAGUGGGUGCCGACGCGGCGCAGCUGCGCGAGUGCCACGAGCUUUGCCCGUCUGCGUUUAGCUUGCCGCCGCCGGCUGCGACGAGCGAGCAGAUCAGCCUCGAUUACGGCGGCCGCCGCACGCGCUUGCUGCUGCUCUGGGCCCGCGGCUUGCUAACCGAGAGCGGUCCUCCUCAGGCGGCCGAUCUCGCGCUCGCUUGUUUCGACGCCGGCGCCGCUCUCGCUGCCGAUCCCGACGGCGCCCAUUUGCCGUGGACGGACACAGGCUUGCUCUCGCGCCACGCGAGUGUCUGCAAGCGCUACCACGUCGGCUGCUGCAACGCGGGCUGCACCUUCUUCGCGAGCCGCGACCGGGCGGCAUCGCACGCCACGACCUGUCCGCAGAGGCUCCGGCCCUGCAAGCACGGCUGCGGCGAGGUGCUUGUCAUCGCCAAGCACAAGGAGCAUCACGCAAUCUGCGAGAGGAGGCCCGUGCAGUGCGAGCGCGGGUGCGGGUUGCCAACGACGGCGGGUGAGGUCGCGUCGGGCGCGCACGAAGAGGUCUGCCCGAUGAAGCAGCUGCCUUGCGACGCGUGCGGUCUGCUCGUCAAGCGGGAGGCGCUCUCGCGCCACGUUUCCGUCUGCCCGAGCGCCGGAGAGCUCUGCAGGUACGGCUGCUCGCUGCGAUUGCCACGCGCGCUAAUGGGAGCCCACGCGAGGGAGUGCCCCGCGGUGGGGAAGAGUCCGGCGGAGUGGGUCGAGCACGCCAAAGCUCACCCCGGCGUGCGGUGGCUUCUGCCGGCCGCGUCGCCGUCGCCGCCCCGCCCUGCGAUGUUUGAGAUUGAGUGA